UUUAUUAUAAGUAAUUCUUCGCGGCGUUUUCUUUUAAGUUAUUAUCGCUCUCAUAUCGGGUCUCGUAAUCCGCAUAGGGGACCGUCCCGCGAAUCUCGUUGGUUUUUUUAUAUUGUGACGGAUCUUUAUUCUACGGCUUAUUGUUUCCGUGUUUCUUUUAUAUAUUGCGAUGAAUUGUUAUGCGAUGUACUUUUAUUUUAUUUUAUUUUAUUAAUUUAAACCUAAUUCGUUCGAUUUCGUUAUUGUUCCGCUACUCUCUCUCCUGAACCUGCUGGCGAUCCCUGCCACCCGUUCCGAUACCGACGAGCUAUACCGCGCAUCAACAGCAGGUCGUUUUAAAUUUUAUAUAAUUUCUGCCGCCAAUCAGUUGACAGAGAAUGUUAAUAAAGUCUAUUUAUAAAUGGAAGUAGAAUGUGACAUCAUUCAGUUAACGUCAGUCUGCUGAUAUAUUCCAAUGAAAUCUGUUGCCACUCUGCCAACAUUUUAUUUUACUGUCUGCUUGUUAUACAUUUGAUGCAAUUGAACGUAAUUUUUGUACACUUCUACGAUCAACUAAGUAAUACAUUGACUCAUUGUCUUUCGAUUAAGACGCAUAAAUAGGAUACAGCAAAAAUAAGAUAAUUUUUUGUUAUCUUUAUUGCUAAUACUCAAUGUCUCAUGUCAGCAAGUCGUAAUAUUGAUUUAAGUCAACAUAUUACAAGAUAUGUUAGAAGAAGUGAUAAAAAACAAUUAAUUGAGCAUCUCCGACACAGCCGUUACAAUAAGAUAUUAACACAAAAUGCCCUCUUAAGUGCGAUACGAGUAACAAGAAAAGCAAUGUGUAUCGAUGCGUUCUGCCGUGACAAUUGAUUGAAAUGUUGCGCUGCAUUUGCGAAAACAGACGCAGUAAGAAGAACUGCGUUCCAUUAUUCAUUGCAAAUACCGAAAAACUACAGUAUAAAUAAUAUUCGCAAUGGUACUUGCGGAAUUAAUCGGGACUUUCGUCGUUGCUCUAAGCAUUGUAUAUAUUUAUUACAAGUUUGUGAUAUUUAAUUUUUGGCGUAAAAAAGGUGUUUUUUAUGUCGAACCUGUCGUACCAACUGGAAAUAUAACAGCUCUUGUAACUGGAAAAGCGCAAUUAGGUGUACUCUUCCAUGAUGUCUACAUGAAAUAUAAGCAUCAUCGCGUUAUUGGAAUGUAUUCGCUUUUUAAACCAAACUUGUUGAUCUCCGAUCUCGAUCUUAUUCGAACGGUGUUGACAAAGGAAUUCGGAAGUUUCCAUGAUCGUGGAAUGUACUGUAACGUAAAGAUUGAUCCAUUGUCCAACCAUUUGUUUUUUAUAUCUGGAAAAAAAUGGAGAAAUAUGCGCGUCAAAAUGACGCCCACUUUCACUUCGGGAAAAAUAAAACAGAUGUUUUUACUCUUAAAAGAGUGUGGCGAAGAACUCGCAAACUAUCUGGAGAGCAAAGCACAGAUGAGAAAUUCCGUCGAGAUGAAAGAUAUAUUUGCAAGAUAUACAACGGAUGUAAUUAUGUCAACGGCUUUUGGUGUUAAAUCUAAUUGUAUUAAAGAACCGAAUAACGAGUAUCGCAUUCAGGGGAGAAGACUUUUUGACAUAAAUCCAAUUUGGACCGCCCUGUUUGUGUUUGCGCCACAAAUUAUGGAUACCUUUUCCAUCCCCCUCACGUAUCGAAACGUCAGCAGUUUUUAUAUGAAUAUGUUUCGAAAAAAUGCAGAAUACAGACAAUCUCAUAACAUCAUCAGACACGACUUUAUGAAUCUUCUAAUUCAACUUAUGAAGAGAGGCUAUGUUGAACCUGAUGACGAAAAAGAAACCAUCAAUAUAUCGUGUUAAUAUACAUAUUUAUUUAUAUAUUUUUAACAAUAGUUUUUCUAUCUUAAGUAUUUAC